GUCAUUCGAGUGCGUGCCAGUUUACUUCUCGAUGCCUCUGAUGUUUUCAGAAGGAACUUCAUCCGCAACAUAAAGGACAACGACGAGAAGUGCAUCACAUUGAUCGAAAAGGCGGAGGAAUUCGAGACAAUUCGUCCAUUUCUCAACCCUGAAAACCCGGCGGACAUCUCAUCUUACAACGUUGACAUGUUCUUCCGCUGGUCUGACGAAUACAUGAUCCUCAAACUGCAACGCGAGGUUGUGCAAUUUUUGAAGACAGGGCGGGUUAGAUCCACAAAUGACCUCCUGCUGGCCAGGUGA